AUGCCGUCAAUAGCGCCAUACAGAAAUGACAUGAACAAUGUGCUUCAGCAGAUCGUCACCUCUUCAUCAGAGGCGGACACGCUCGACCAAUUGAUUCCAUACAUCAAGGACUACAGCUAUGGAAACAAGACUGCCCACUUGCUGAGCCAGCUGUCCGACCUUGCCGGAGAACGGGAGGCAGAGAUUGAGCGCCAAUGCAACACAAACCACCAGGAGUUUGUAAAAUCUGUCAACCAGUUGCUCCGGAUCCGCGAAGGCACCGUCACCCUCACCAACGAGAUUUUAGAAUUGAACCAGUCCAUUCAAGCCAGCACUGAACGGCUCGUAGAUCAGAAGAAAGCCCUAGUCGAGUCCCGAGGCGUGAGACAGAAUAUAGAAGACGCCCGGCACGCUCUGCAGGAUUGUCUCGAGGUUCUUCGCCUGGCGAACCAAGUCCAGGAGCUCCGCGACCAGAAGAAGCACUAUGCUGCGCUGCGGGCACUGGACGAAUUGCAAAGUGUCCAUCUGCAGAGCGUCACCCAGUAUGAAUUAAGCGAGCUGAUUCAGAAAUCGGUGCCUGCGACCCAGAAAUCCAUUGCUGAGGCUGUCAUGGCAGACCUCAACACCUGGCUCUUCCGUGUUCGAGAAAUGUCCCAAUACCUUGGGGAGCUGUCCUUCUACCAUACAGACCUUCGCAAGCAGCGUCUGAAGGAGAGAUCCGAAAAGACUUCCUAUCUUGCCAACUUCAAGCUCAACUCUGCCAUUGAGCUGGUGGCGGACGAACACGAGGAAUAUGACCUGCUCAAGAGCGAAGACCUCGAGGUUGAUUUCACUCCCUUAUUUGAGGCGCUACACAUCUAUCGCUCACUCGGUCAAAUGGAAAAGUUCAAGACUGACUAUGCCGCCAGUCGUCGCGCUCAACGCGACCUUCUCCUUCAAAAUUCCAUCUCCCUCGUUGACGAAGAGAUGGGCGAUCUCCACACUCUCCUGGAAGAUAUUGCGGGGUUCGCCAUCAUGGAGCGCGCUACAAUGAAGAAAGUCCCCGAUCUACGCUCCACUACUGAAGUCGAAGAGCUGUGGGACUCACUCUGCCAAACGGCCAUCUCGCUGAUGUCCAAGGCCCUGACAGCGGUGGACAACGCCGAACACUUGCUGAAGAUCAAAAACCUCAUCUCGCUGUUCAUUCAGACAAUGAACGGCUUCAACUUCAACACCGCGGCCAUGUCGAAUUUUGUGCUGGUCCUCUUCGACAAGUACGCCGAGCUCCUCAAGCAACGGUUCAGCGAAGAUUUUAUCGAGAUCGUCAGCACAGACGAUUACAUGCCCAUGCCGAUCCAGAACGCCGAAGAGUUCGAAAAGGUCGUCAAUGUCUCCUGGUACACACCCGACCGGCCCGUGCAGGAGAUGACUUUCCCGACCGUCUUCCCAUUCUCACAAAUGUAUCCACUCUGCUGCAUCGACAUCCGCAACUUCUUGAACCAGUUCUACUUCUUCUCGGCGCAGGAGGACAAUGCGCCUUCACCGCUCUCAUCCAAGAUCGAUUCUCAACUCCUCACCUCGCUGGAUGACCUCCUGACCACCAAAGUGUGUGCCAGCCUGGUUUCCAAGCUCUCGUCGCAAUACCUGGGUCAAAUCGUGCAGAUUCUGAUCAACCUCUCCCACUUCACCACCGCGUGCCACGAACUCGAAACCCUCCUUGCCACGGCGCGUUCUUCAUCCUCCGGCCCCAACGGCGGCGGGAGCGUCGGCCCACCAGUCUCGCUCAAAGCGACAGCGCAGUUCAGCACACACCAGAAGACAGCCGAAAACCGCAUCUUCGAGCUCGUCAACAGCAAGGUCAGCGACCUGAUCGAGACUGCCGAGUACGACUGGCUGUCGCGCGACCCGCCCACCGAACCAUCGAACUACAUCCUCACCCUGACGCGGUACUUGUCCAACAUCAUCAACAGCGUCCUGCUCUCUCUGCCGUCAUCACUAAAAGAUCUCAUGCUCUUCAACGCCAUUUCCUACACCGCCUCCAGCAUCCUCUCCCUGCCCUUGUCGCCGCAAGUGGACAGGAUAACGACGGCCUGCAUCGCGCAGAUGGACAUGGACAUCCAGCACUUCCGCUCCUACGUCGAGACCCUGCCGAACAACAGCAUCCUGCUGGAGUCGCUGGACGAGCUGAUCCAGACGGUCGCGCUGAUGAGCACUGACCAGCCCGACGAGUUCUACGACAUCUCCCUCCGCAACAAAAAGUACCGCAACGUCGACCCUCUCAAGGGCCCGCAGUUGUUGGAGAAGGUCGUCCACGUAGAUAUCAGGUCGUCAGUGUCUGCUAGGGGCGGCGCCGCGCACGUGCACUUUGACAGCGAGGGUGGAAGAGACGGGGUCCACAGCCCCGGACUGGCGCACAGUGGGAGCACGGGUUCAAGAGGGGGCAACACGUUUACGGCGUUGCAGAACCGCUUCAUGUCGCAUGGCGGGCGGUGA